AUGGCCAUGCUGGUAGCUCAGUUUGCUUUUGGAAUCCCGAUCACUUUUGGUCUCGUGUACGUCCUGAUACCCCUGUAUGGUAAAGCACCUCAAACCUACAGAGCGAUCAUAGCCGGGGCUUUGCCCCUAGUAACUGCUAUUCCAAAGGUCAUUGUACGCUUGGGGGCACAAAGAAUCGACUUUCUUCAUCCAGGCGAUUCGCACGUGCUGUUGAACGUACUCUUCAGCGCGUCCGCCAUCGUUUUUCGCGUUAUGCAAGCGGACCUGUUCGAAAUCAAACUUUUUACUCUUCUUAGCUUCGCGCAUGGUGCAAUAGAUUUGCUUGAAAGGUUGACUGUCGUUAUUCGCGAUUAUGUUUGGUACUUCAUUUACAAGAAGCUCAAAAGAGACGAGAGGGAAACCAUUUUGAAAGCAAAUCGAUUUCGCUCGCCAAGGAGCAUGCGCUUUGUGGCCGAUAUGAGCAUUCAGAUGAUCCUGGGCGAAUCAACGUCAUUGAUAGCAGCGGUCGGUUUCUUUCAGAUUUACAAGUUUAUAUACAACGGUCAAAAGGCGUUGUCCGUGAUAACCGAAUUUUUCACCCGCGUCGCGAUUGCUAUUAGCAUUGACUUUGGUUUUAAUUCUUUAUCGUUUUGGCUGCAGAUGUCCUAUAUGAAUGUUGCCAUAGAUCGUGUUUGGAAGAAGAGCUGGCGGAAACACAUGGUUAUUGCUUUUAUUGUGACAGCCAUGACCAUGCUUUACUUUGCUGGUCGCUUAUUGCCCAUUGUGAGCGCCAAAAGUUCUUCAAAUAGCACAAUGAGCAAUGUGAAUUGCUCACAGCUCAUCUUAAAGUCUUGACCUAAGAAAAUUUAUUUUGUCUUUCUUUUUUUAAGUUUCAGCUCACUUCCAUCCUACCUGUUCUUAGUCAUAGAAACAGUUUUUUUGUACAACUAUAGAAACCUUAAGUAAGAAACAGAUUACUUCAAUUAAUUAGUGAAUUUCCAUCUCCCGGGAUGACAGCGUACACCUUUUUAUAAACUACAUCGGUGUGUACUUCGCCAAAGGGCGUGGAUUUUUAACCGUUGUGGUCUUAUAUUACGUCUAGAUGUUACUGAACCAUUUGGGUUUGCAAUUGUGUGAGACAGGUUUGUUGAAUAUUCCUCUUUUUAGAACAGUAGUUCAAGUCUAAAACAGGGUACGGACCCAAACCAAAUGCUGCACACCCCAACCGAAUAUUCCAUGACUACCCACCUGAGGGGUUUCCAUUGAUGCAAACGAUUCUACUGGAUUUUCCAGUGACACUGAUGAUACUCUCUGUGUGAUUUCUCCCAAUGGGAAGUUUAUAAUUUUGUCGCAAUUCGUGCCGCGUGUGGAUUCGUUGACCAAGUACUGGAAGUGGGCACCGUUCUGUUAUAUUUCUAUCGGUUUGGUUUGGGUCACAAAUUUCGUGUUAAAUGGUAUCCAUGAGCUUUGCUUUUUACAUGUUUAUGUCUUUUGUUCAGAGCGCUUUUCGUGGCGACCAUAUUGUUUGCGGCGGUUACCUCUCACUGAAUUGAGGUCUGCAUUACCUAGGGCUCAUUAUAAACGCGCAUGAUGUACAUGGAAACUUUGAAAUCUUUCUUAUACUUUGGUAAUAAAGAAGCGGUUUGGGGUUUAGAUAUAGUGUGGGUAAAAGUGAACAAAAACGAGAUUACGCCGGUCCGUCGUCGGAGUAUGGAUGUUAGUAAAAUUUUCCAUGUCCUAACAGUCAUUAUCUUACCAAUCCACGUCCAAUAUAACUCCACGCCCUCCACUUCACACACCUCAACCAACCCCUAAAAUAUACAUUACUGCACUACUCACACAUUCCUAAUAUACUUAAAAACUUCACCUACGCCUAGUACAACGACGCCCAAAUAUAAACUCCCACAGCAUCUUGAUCAACGUAAAACAACUUUAUAACAUAGCUAGAAUAUUCGCCUAAUCAAAUUCAAUAGGCGAGCGUGCUUCAUAUUCCUACUGAGCACGCUGGUGACGUCAAUAAACUAUACCUGGAGUUCUUGUUAGCUUAGCAAUCGUCCGAAGGCGUCUCCCAAGUGCAUCCAUAACUCAACAGUACACGAUGAAGCGUUAAUCAUGUGUUUUACAACGUUUGAAUUUGUUAACCGAUAGUAGGCAGAAGAGGUGAGUGUUGUUGUUGUCAUCUGCGCUUACUGUGCGGCCUAUGGCGUGUUUGCAAAGUUUUUUCUUUCAAAAAGAAUUUUUCGGUGAAUUACUGAACAGUUUUUCGGCACCUCAAUUUGGAUUUUACCAUCUUUUUAAGAGUUCUCUUAAGCAACUUGAGUAAACUUUCUCUCAGUUUCAAGACAAAAACAUAACUGUAAAGUAAAAAAAAUAUAGUCACGUAGACACUGACGCGUAUUGGUUUGAGCGCCGGCUACAAUAAUAAAAAUUUAAGUUAACUUCCGCAUUGGUCGCUCUGACAAUGUUAUAAAACCAUUAAUUCAUGCUUCAGUUGUGCGUAUGUCGAGAUAUUGAGCACUUGGGAAGUUUGGAGAGCACACAAGAGGCUAAAGUUGCUCUCAGCUGCGCCUCGAGCAACUCUUACGCCUCUUUUGUAUUCUCCAAGAUUCCCGCGUGCUCAAUAUCUCGAUACACGUACGCUGACGGAUGAACUAAUUGUUAAGAAAAGAAAAUAACAAAUUGGCGUCAACUUGCUGCAAUCUGGCGCUUGAAAAUGUUCAUUUACUCGUCAGAUGGGGCCUAUAUCAAAAUGUUACUUUUUGAUUCUGUCAAAUAAAAAAGGUGAACUGACCCCUUUGCAUUUUAUAAUUUCCCGAAAUUUUUUACGGUUCACUACAUUUCAAAAACAGCUUUGAUUUUUUAAAAGAUCCGAUUUAUCGAAUCGCCUUAAUCUUAGAUAACGAAAACAGCACAUUGUCCUCUUGUCUUCAGUUCUUUUCUUUGCUGCCUUGAGGAAAAAACACGGAUACCACAGUCAUUUACAUUUCGUCUUUCCAAGAACUGA